AUCCGCUUCAUAGACACUUUUCGGUUUAUGGCAUCAGGACUGUCAACUCUAGCCAAAAAUCUUGUGACACCGGGUCUAGAGAACUUCAGAGAGACCGCUAAAGUUUUCGAUGAAGUCGAUAUGUCACUCGUGACUCGGAAGGGGGUUUACCCGUACGAGUACACGGAUGGAUGGAAGCGGUUAGAUGAAGUAAGACUACCUAGGAAGAAAGAAUUUUAUAGCACGUUAAAUGAGUCGGGAAUAAAGGAAGAGGAAUAUGAUCACGCGAAGGAGGUCUGGGACCACUUCGGUUGUAAGACUUUGGGCGAGUACAGUGAUUUGUAUUUGAAAAUCGACGUUUUGUUGUUGGCAGACGUCUUUGAGAAUUUUCGCGAUGUCUGUAUGAAAACGUAUAACCUUGAUGCCGCUUACUACUUUACCGCACCUGGGCUGAGCUUUGACGCAAUGAUGAAAUUUACAGGUCAAAAGUUGCAGCUGUUGACUGAUUAUGACAUGUUAUUGAUGUUUGAGGAAGGUAUUCGUGGUGGAUUGGUACAGGCAAGCAUGAGGUACGCGAAGGCGAAUAAUAUAAAGACCCCAGACUAUGACAAGACUAAGGAUAAAUCUUGGUUAAUAUAUCAAGACUGUAAUAAUCUCUAUGGUUGGGCUAUGAGUCAGUACAUGCCAUACGGUAACUUCAACUGGGUUGAAUCCAACCUGAACGGACUGAGCGAGAUGUCAGCAACGUCAGAUAAAGGACGAGUAUACGAAGUCGAUAUCUCAUACCCACAACACUUACACGAUCAUCAUAACGAUCUACCUUUCCUACUACAAAACGGUAUACCACCAGGUUCGAAGGUAAAAAAAUUGAUGGCAACGUUUCAACAGAAGAGGAAUUAUAUUAUUCAUUAUAGGAACCUGCAGCAGGCAAUUGAAAAUGGGUUGAUAGUUGAUAAAGUACAUAGAGUUUUAGAGUUCAGUCAGUCUGCAUGGUUAGCAGAUUACAUUAACUUAAACCAGUGGUUCCGUGAAACCAAAUUUAAUGUAUUCAUCAUUGUAUUUUCUUUCAAAUUAAUGAACAACGCAGUAUUUGGGAAGACUAUGCAAUCGAAAAGGAAAGAAAUGAAGAUGGAGUUAGUGUCGUGUGAGAGACGAUUACAAAGACUUAUUAAUAAAACGACAUUUAAGCAUACGACUAGGUAUAGUGAAAACCUGAACGCGGUCGCACUGGAAAACAAAAUAAUAAAAUUUGAUAAACCUAUCUAUAUUGGUAAAUAGACUUUUUAAUUUUUAUAAUAUACAUUAUUAAUACAUUUAUUAUAUAUAAGAUUUGCUGUACUUGACAUCUCCAAGACGAUGAUGUACGAUUAUCAUUAUAAUGUUAUGAAAAAACAUUAUACUGAUAAUAUCAAGCUUAUGUAUACUGACACAGAUUCAUUGAUAUACCUUAUUAAAACCGAUGAUUUUUAUAAAGACUUACUUGACAACUCCAACUUGAUGGAUAGACUGGAUACGGCGGACUUACCUCCUAUCCACCCGUGCUACACUACAGCUAGGAAAAAGGUGCCAGGCUUUUUCUCAGACGAGGUAAAAGGACAUACGAUGACCGAGUUUUGCGCACUACAUGCAAAAUCAUACGCGUACAACAUAAAUGCAGGAGAAGAGGAUGCGGUGAGAGAUAAGGACGAUAAGGAUAAAGUUGGUGGAGAAAAUAUCAAGGCUAAGGGGGUAAGACAGCAUGUGGUUAAAAACCAUAUGACGUUGGAGGAACAUAGAAGGUGUUUGUUUGAUGAAGGUAGAGUGGAGGCAUAUAAAGAUAAUAUAUCAAUCAGAUCGUUCAAACACCAGCUCAUGACAAUAAAAACAAAAAAGUUAACAUACAACAAUUAUGACGACAAGCGAGUGGUAUUGAUUGAUAAAAUACAUACCUUAGCUCAUGGACAUUACAGUAUAGAGGAAGACGAACCUGGAGAAGCUGAGGAGUAG